CACUCCCUGCAAAGGUCAAGGGUUGAAAGUAAGAUGGCUGCCUCUCACCAGGUGUGAGUGCAUGUGUGCUCAGGACAAAUAUGGAAGCAGGCCUUCCAGCAAGAUCAGGUUUUUCAAAGUUUGGCAGCAUUAUUUUGAAAUAUAAUUUGUAUAUCACCAACACAUCGACCAUCCUUAACCCGGUUCUUGACCCGACCUGAACAAACAAAUGCCACCCGUUCCAUCAAGCGGGGCGGACAUUAUCCCCACCCACAAAACCACAUUUGUUUCAGACAGAAGGACAAAGACCCCCGAAACCGUGGACCUUUCAGGUUGGGAAACACUGCUUGAAGGAGUCAAGGAGCCAUGCCUUUCCUCCACGGAUUUCGAAGGAUCAUAUAUGAAUAUCAGCCGUUGGUGGAUGCUGUCAUGAGUGUGGUCGACCAGGAACAACUAGAGGGGAGUCACAUGAGCAGUCCUGAAGACGAGCGACGUCUGUGCAGUUCUUUGGUGGCGCUGCUCGAGCGAGAGUCCCAGUCCGAAGUCUUCCUGGAAGGCAUCAGCUACGCUCUGUUUAAGGUGGCUGAGCGAGGACUGGUGCCAGCAGCUCAAGUGCUUCUACGGUACAGAGCAGAUCUUAAUUUUGAGGACCCGGUGUCUUUCUACAAUCCACUGCAUAUAGCAGUUCUGAGGAACAGACCGAACAUGGUGAAACUGCUCGUUGAGCACAAGGCUGACAUUGAAAAAAGAGACCGGAUCCACGAGAGCAGCCCCUUGGAUCUUGCCUGUGAGGAUUUGGACCGCCUUCCCUGCCUGCAGGCGUUGCUCGACCUGGGUGCCAAUGUCAAUGCGCGGGAUAAACGAGGUAAAACGCCUUUGCUUCAUGCCUUGGCAAGCACCGACGGCCUUACUGUGAACAACACUGAGAACAUCCGGCUUCUCCUUGAGAGAGGUGCUGACGUGAACGCCGUAACUGAAGAUGGUGAAACAGUUGAGUCCUCCUUGGUGUUUCUGGUCAAAGAGGCGCUUGAUGCCGACCCCGAGGAUGCCGCCCAGAUUGGAAAAUUCUGCCUGGAAACUGCACGCUUACUGCUGGCCCACGGCGUGGAUCCCAGUUGUGACGGGAACGACUGUGAGUCCUCGCUGACCCAAACCAGCCUGGAACACUUUGACCUGCUCUUCCCCCUGGCCGUGCUGGUCAUCCAAAGCGGAGCCUCUUUGGCGUGCGCCCACAGCGACUCCUGCUGGCGGGCUUCCGGCAUUAUUUUCCAAAGGCUGCAGACGGCCCUGCGGCAGUGCUCGGAUCCCGGUCAUGCCUCCGAGCUCCUCGAGCAAGCUGAGGUGCUGCUGGACUUAGCGAGGGUUAACCACCCCGCUGUCAGGCUGCGUUCCAGGCUGGAACCGCUUGCGUUUGGUCAAGACCCUCACCCGCAUGCUCAAGAUAUAAAAGAUCUGUACAGCCGGGCGGUCAAACAUGAGGCGUCUCCUCCUGCUCUCAGAUGCCUUUGCAGGGCUUUUAUACGGAGCCACCUCCAACCCUGGCCACUGGAAGUGAGAAUCGAUGCUCUGCCCUUACCGGACAGACUGAAAGGAUUCCUUCUUCCCGAGCGCACAUAUAAGCCAAAACCUGGUUGGGACUGUUUUAAGCCUCAGCAAAACCCGCUUUGAUCACCUGACGUGUACUAUCCCGAUUUCGUAAAGUACCUACAUAAAUGUGAAGCACCUGUACGCUCAUCAAGUACACCAGAAAAAACUGAAAUUCAUUGAGACACGCGGCUUGGAUUCAAUCAUGUCCUUUUUGUGGCUUCGCUUUUUCAGUAGUUGACCAAACUAAUCAUUUUGAUUUGUGAUCCGAUCAAUGGUUGAAAGCAUCUGCGAUGUGAGGUGGUCAGCUGUACUGCUCUUCAAUGUAAAUGUCACCAGGUGGCAGUAUUUCUCUAUUGGGUAUUUUGGCUACAGCCAGCUAAAAUGGUUGUUUCGACCUAUCGCCUCCAUUAUUGUGAUGUGAAAUUAGUUUUCUUCCCGCUUAAAAUGAAGUUGGACUAAUAAAAAGUCUCACAGA